AUGUUUCUACUCAUAUCUGUAUUAGUAUGCCUUUUACAAGAUUGCUCAGAACAUUUGGAUUCCGGAAAAGGAUCAGGGAUUUAUCUAAUUUCACCGAGUGGUGCCGUACCAUUUCCAGUUUUUUUACGAUCAAGAGACGGCUGGUGGAGGUUGGACGGUUAUUCAGAGGUAAGAAGUCCUCUGACACUGAGUACUUUGAGGUCAGAUUAUUUUUGUAUAUAUAUUACAUUUGUUAUCAUUAAGACGUGUAAACAAGUCGUACUGGCUUGGGCUUGCAUCAUUUGGCUCCUCGGACCGGUGACACUUGGAUUUUACGGAUUGAAUCAAACGGAGAUCACUGCGCGGGUCAUGGAUGUAUUGGCCAAAGUGACGGUUAAUGGUGGGCAGAAUGGCCUUUCAAGCGCGACAACGGGCACCCAAUUACGACCGUGGAUAGAGACAACGACGAUGCUGGCUCGAACUGCGCUCAGACACGGAAUCACGGAUUUUGGAUGGUGGCAUGAAAAGUGCGGUAAUGUCGCUCUGAAUGGCCUACACGGAGACACAACAGCGCUGCAUCGCAACAUGAUGUUCGUAUAUCAAAAUGUGACGUCAGGCCACAAGAGAAGG